GGGGAUGGCUCCAGGGCUUCACAUCCCAUCUGGAUCUGCCCACGUCCCCCCUUUUCCUCCUUGCCUCCAGGGAUGCAGCCGGCUCCGGGAGCUCUCCAUCUGCCUGAUCCGGCUCCUCCUGGUGUCGGUGUUUGGUCGUGACAGGAGGAGGAUGAGGAGCAAAACCUGGGAUCUGCUGCUCCCGCUCUUCUUCCACAUGAGCGACCAAAGCCGCAGCGUGGCUGAGGCUUCCCAGGAAGCUCUCCUUGCUGCGGCGACGCUCCUGGAAUGGGAAGAGCUCCGGCGCCUAUUGGAGACGAGGCAGAUGUGGAGGGUUGCAGGGUGCUUGCUGGAGCGGAGCAGGAAGAGGGCUCAAAGAUACCUGCACCAGAGCCUGCGGUACCUGCAGGAUGCUCAGGUCCCCCUGCAAGAGGCAGCCGUCAGGUUCAUUGGAUUGGCCGCACGGCCCCUCAGAGGGAAAAGCCCAUGGAAGCUGCAGCAGAUCUGCAGAGGUGAGGAGGGAGCUGUGGCUGGGGGGAUGCUGUUGGCUACGGAGGGGCUCAUCCCACUCUCUUUGGAUCACAGCUCUGGAAGCGCUGCCGGAUGAGGGCGAUCCCGGCCUCCGUUCCCUGACGGCUCAGACCCUGCUCAUCCUCAGGACCCCACCAGCGCAGCGGAGCCUGGGAUCCUGCCUGCGGGCGCUCUGCUGCUGGGAAUGCUGCAGUUUUCCUUAGGGAAAAAGAUGGCAGAGACAGACCCGGACCGAGGAGCUCUGGAGACCGAAGGGCAUCGCCUCCGCCAUCCCAUUCCCUGCUCUC